AUGGCGCAAACCUACAAUCAAAAACGGACGGUCUACAGCAUCGACCAGAUUUUGGGACACGCCAAGAGUGAUGAUCACGCGAGUCGGACGGACGCCGUCGGUGAAUCCGGAGAUACGGAAAUCGGACUCAGUGAGCAGCAGCUUGGUGACACCCUCAACGAUCCCCUUGACCUCGGGGAGUCCGACAGGCCGCGCAAGGUGCGCCGCUCUCGGACGACCUUCACCACGUAUCAGCUGCACCAGCUCGAACGAGCGUUCGAGAAGACCCAGUAUCCGGAUGUCUUUACGAGGGAGGAGCUGGCGAUGAGGCUCGACCUCUCCGAGGCCAGAGUACAGGUGUGGUUUCAGAAUCGCCGUGCCAAGUGGCGCAAGAAGGAAAAGGCCUUGGGAAGGGACACGAGCUUUAUGCACGUCGAACAAGGUGGUGUCAACGAGCUGUCACUGCACGCGCACCUGCUGCAGAGCGCCGGUGGGCUGCCGGGCGGCGGCGACUCGGGCCACGCAGGUGGCGCCUUCCCCUGGUUCAUGCCGCCGGUUUUUCCGCCUCCGUGGCCUGGUAGCACCCCCAAGCUACCUCCGCUCCACGCCAUCCUCUCCCAGUACAUCGGCCUGCCGCUACCCCAGAACCUGGCGAGCCUCGGGCUACCCCUGGUGGCGCCCCUGAAUCAGCAGCACGCUGCCGCGGUCGCAGCCGCCCUUGAUCGUCAGCACCAGCAGCAGCAGCAGCAGCAGCAACAGAUCGGAUCAUUGCAGAAUGUCGGACUUUGCGGAAUGCCGCAAAGUCUGCCCCAGAACCUCAGUAGCAAGAAGCGAGAGCGAGCCGACGAGGACUCGAACUCGGACGAGGACGAGCUCAGGCGCCACAGCGCCGAAUUACUCAGGGUCAAGGCCGAGGAGCUAAUGCGCAAGAACGACAACUAAUGAAUUUCGAAUGAAGAUUU